UCAAAUUUCAAAACAAAUAAAAAUAUUUUCUUUUUGAUUAUUUUGCAAGAAUAAACUUUUUAAAACAAAAAAUUUCAACAGUAGAUCAAGUUGAAAAAUUGUAAAAGAAUAUCAUUAUUGGUUAGUGCCUGCUAGAUUGCUCCCUGAUUGAAAUAGAGAAAAUUAAUGAAAAGCAACUCAAAAUAUGGCACAUCCAAUAAAACUACAAAUACAGUUUGGUGGUGGAGCAGAAUUGCUCUUUGACAGCAUUAAAUCAAGGACUAUAGAGUUGCCUGCCAUAGACAAAUACUUCCCAGAGUGCCAGAGAGAGAAGUGGACUAUAAAGGAACUGCUUGUAUGGAUGAAAGAUAACCUUCUCAGAGAAAGACCUGAGUUGUUUUUGCAGGGUGACUCGGUGAGGCCUGGUAUCCUUGUGUUGGUGAACGACACAGACUGGGAACUAUACGAUGAGCUGUCUUACGAACUACUGGAAGGAGAUACUAUAGCUUUUAUAUCCACGCUGCAUGGUGGAUAGCUUUCAUAAGCUUAAAAUUAAUUAUAACAAUAUUUUUAGCAGACUACUCCGAAGUGGAUUACAAAAAUAAAUAAAGAAAUAGCUUUAAGUUUGAAGCAGCGUUUAGUUACGUUUUGAGUUUGAUCUUCAUAGUGUCUCCUGACAUAGGCCUCCUCCAGCUGCUUCCACUGCACCCUGUCGUCCUCAACUCUGGUCUAGCAAGGCUCAAGGGUUAGGUGGAUGUUGUCCUUCCACGUUGGACGUCCACAAUUACAAACAUAAGAAAACCAAUGUCGAACAAAGGUUAUUCACAACAUUUGUCAGGACAACUUAAUUAAGAAUUCAAACUGUAACCAAAACAAGACCCUCGAAUGGCAGAGAAUGACCUUGAGUAGAGUCACGAACUUGUGAACGUUGUGUGUAGGGUUAAAGACGCCUUUGACUGUUAACUAACACUCCCCUUUUCCACUCAAGUCACUCUCUCCGCCUAUCUUAAGUAACACAACAAGGAAUGUGGACGGCUCGAACGCCACAAGCAUACUGAAGCGAGCAGCGAGCGCCUAAUAUCGCCAACCGAUCGCUACCCCUCUCUAACUCCCUACUCUUUACGGAAACAAGUCGCGCCACCUAGCGUCGGCACGAGCCAACACGAGAUCGAGCGAUGUCAUAUCUCUCUCAGAACAUUAUUUUUUACAAUCCAGUGGUGCUGGAUUAAAAAAAAUAUUUAGUUAUAAUGUUAAUAAAUUAAUCUAUUUUACUAAAAA